UACACUGGUGUCUAAAAGAAUAAGUUCUUAUUUUCGAACAAAAAAAUAACAACGGUGGCGUCUGGUUGAUGAAUGAACUAAGUAAAAUGGUGAACCGUAUCUUUAAACAAGUUGAUUUAUUAAAUGACUAACUCAGAUACUUUGCUUAUAGGGGUGAAAAUGAACAAUACUGCAACAAAAUCUGAUUAUGAUACGGUUAAUGUAAACAAUACAAAGCAACAAAUUCUUCCUAUAAAUCAAUUACCAGAUACACAAACAGAUGAAUUGCCAUUACCAAAAUAUAACAAAGAUGUCUCUGUUACAAAUUUUAGGAAUUCUAUAUCAAAAGCAAAAAAUGAAAGUUUUGACGCUGGAGAAGAAACGGAUGUUAUCGGGGAUUUAGUUGGUCAUGUUGGGAAAUGGCAAUUUCUUAUGACUAUUUUACUUUCUUUAUUUCAAAUUCCGAAUACAUUUCAUAUAUCUUCGCCUAUUUACCAGGCUGCUAGUAGAAACUUUUGGUGUAGUCGACCAGAGAGUAUUAUAAGUAAAAAUUUUUCAAUAGAAUAUUGGCGAAACAUAAGCGAUUCCAGAGAUAAUUGCUAUCAACUAGACAUUGACUGGAAUACAGUGAAUAUCGAUCAAUUACAGACAGGGCAAAAAGUUUCAAGUGAUGUAUCAAAGAUUGCAUGCACAAGUUGGGAAUUCGAUGAAAAUGAUAACCUUGGAAAUACUUGGACAUCUGAGUGGAAUUUAGUAUGCGACAAGGAAUAUUUAAAAAAUGUUGCUGAAAUGUUUUUUUUACUUGGUGUAGCAACUGGAGGAGUUAUUAGCGGUUAUUUAUCUGAUAAAUUUGGACGCAAAAAAAUGCUUGUCAUAUCAGCAAUAUUGCAAACAAUAUUUGGUUUGGUCUUAUAUUUUCCUAAUUCAUUUGAAUUUUACUUAACUCUUAGAACUUUACUGGGCUUAGUCUCAGUUUCAGUUACAUAUGCCGGACUAAUAUUAGCAAUUGAAUACGUUGAUGGCAAAUGGAGGACAAUAGUUGGAAUGUAUAACUUAUUUCCACUGCCUAUAUCAUAUAUGAUGAUAUCAGGAAUAGCUUAUUUGACACAAGACUUUCAAAAAUUACAGCUUUGUAUCGGCAUUCCGGGAAUAUUUUUAUGCUUUUUAUUUUUUAUUAUACCAGAGUCACCAAGAUGGUUAUUAUGUAAGGGUCGUGUGCAGGAAGUAAAGGAAAUUGUUAAAAAAACAGCAGAUUUUAAUGGUAUUAUUUUACCAGAUAAUUAUGAAAAAAUGUUGGUUCCGCCAGUACAGGAGGACUCUGAAGAUUUUGUUAAUUUAUUCCGUUCAAAAUACUUACGAAGAAUUACGAUUUGUUUCCUCUGUAUAUGGUUUACUAUGAAUUUAGUUUAUUAUGGUUUAAUUUUAAACAUGAAUACAUUCGGAGGAAAUGUUUACUUGAACUCGGCUUUAGCUGGUCUAGUCGAAAUCCCUGCAAUUGGUAUUGCAAUUUAUAUCAUUAUGAAAAUUGGAAAGAAGUGGCUAUUUUGCACAACUCUUAUUGCAGCUGGUGUUGCCUGUUUCUGUACUACACUCACUGAAGGCUACGAUAAUAUUUUAUGGCUAAAAAUAACCCUUCUUAUGAUAGGUAAAUUUACGAUAAGUGCUGGAAAUACAAUAAUGCCAGUAUAUACGGCUGAACUGUAUCCAACAGCAAUUCGUAAUGCCGGCGUUGGAGCAUGUAAUGUAGCAGCUGGUCUUGCUCUAAUUAUAACACCAUAUAUCUCCAUGUUGAAUAAAAUUGAAGAACAUUUAUUAAUGGCAUUAAUCACCGGAUUCUGUAUAUUUGGAGGAAUCGUUAUAGUUUUCCUACCGGAAAGAAUGAAAAGCAGUGUAAGGGAAUCAAAAUAUGAAGCGUGUUAAAAGAAGAUGUUAAAACCCCAAACGUAUAUAAACUUUUAAGAAUACAACAACAAUAAGUGCAGAAAAGGAAUUAAAAAGAUAUUAAGUAGUUUUCAAAUUGGAAAAUUAAAUUAACUAUAAUGUAUUUAGUUUUCAAAAUAUAGAAAAGGAAAAAAUACUAUAAAAACAAAAAACAAAAAAAUUUUAUAAAUAUUUAUGUAAUUCAAAAUUUUUCUUAUGUGCUUAAAAAUAAUUUAUAUUUAUAUAUACUUGUAUAAAACAUUUUGUCUGUCUAUUUGUCUAUAAUCUUUGUAGGACACUAUAUACAAAUUUUCCAAAUAUAUUAUGGAAUAAAUUAUCAAA